AUGGUGUCUAAAUCAGUAUCAGCGCAGAAAUCCGAGCAGAAAAAGUACAAGCAAUCUAAACAUGCUCGCUAUGAUGCCAAGAUCAAUCGUAUCAAGCACAAAUGCCGAUCAGAACUCGACUUGUUCAAUUGGCAAAAGUGGAAAUUCCAUGAAAACGACUACUGGAUUGACUCUUUCGUCGAUACACUCAAACGAAUCGAUUAUCGAAACACAUCCAAGUCAGAAUUCGUCAAGCAGUAUGAAACAAAAAACAUACCUGUGAUGAUUACCCAUGUCACAGAUCACUGGAAAGCCAACAAACAUUGGACAGAAGAGUACUUGUUGAAGCACUAUGGAUCCCAUCUAUUUAAAGUAGGAGAUGACGAUGACAAUAAGAAUGUCUACAUGAAAAUGAAGCAUUUCUUGCACUACUCUAGUCAUGAUGGACUCAAGGACGACUCGCCUCUUUAUAUAUUUGAUAGCGGAUUCUACAAGGCAUCAAGAUCUAAAAAGAAGAACUCUUUACUAGACGAUUAUCAAGUGCCAAAGUACUUUGAAGAAGAUUUGUUCAAAUUGACAGGUGGAAGACGACCUCCUUAUCGAUGGCUGGUUAUUGGAGGGGCUCGAAGUGGUACAGGUAUUCACAAAGAUCCUCUUGGCACAUCCGCAUGGAAUUCGCUAGUGAAAGGACACAAACGAUGGUGCUUAUUUCCACCCAACACUCCUAAAGAACUCUACGAUCCACCCAUGAAACCUUACGACCAUGAAGGCGUAUCUUGGUUUGAUCAAGUGUAUCCUCGAUUCAAGAGACGGCUUGCAGAUGGACAGACAUUGGGAGAGAAAUGGGGCAUGGUUGAAGUACUGCAAAAACCAGGGGAGACAAUCUUUGUGCCUGGCGGAUGGCCACAUGUGGUGAUGAAUCUGGAUUUGACAGCUGCUGUCACACAAAACUUUUGCUCAUCGACCAAUGCCGAGUAUGUGUAUCUGUCCACACGACAUAGUAGACCCAAGCUUGGCCAAAAGCUGUAUAGAGAGAUUCAAAAAUUGGGCGAAUAUGAACCUGAAAAAUACGCUCAUGUUGCAAAAUCCUUAGAAGCAACGCAAUAUAUACCUCAAAUACCACCCAGCAGCAGCAGCAGUGGUAGCAGUAGUACUUCCAGCAGUAGUAGCAGUAGUAGCGGCAGUAAUAGCAGUUUUGAAAACAACCAAAGCGUGUUGGUAUCAGCCAAAAAGAAGAGAAAGUUUAUUAUGGUCAGUUCUACAGACUCAGAAACAGAUAGAGAAGAUGGUACAUGUAUGUGCAAGAAAUGUAAAUUUAGAAGAAAGAGAAGGAUGGCGAGAAAGAACGCUGCUGAUUAA